CCCGGCAGGCGGGUGCCUCGCAGCGGCGGCGCAGACAUGGCUGCGCUGGUGGAGCCGCUGGGGCUGGAGCGGGACGUGUCCCGGGCGGUGGAGCUCCUCGAGCGGCUCCAGCGCAGCGGGGAGCUGCCCCCGCAGAAGCUGCAGGCCCUCCAGCGAGUCCUGCAGAGCCGCUUCUGCUCUGCCAUCCGGGAGGUCUAUGAGCAGCUCUAUGACACGCUGGACAUCACCGGCAGUGCUGAGGUCCGGGCCCACGCCACGGCCAAGGCCACGGUGGCUGCCUUCACGGCCAGUGAGGGCCACGCACAUCCCCGGGUAGUCGAACUGCCCAAGACGGACGAGGGCUUAGGCUUCAACAUCAUGGGGGGCAAGGAGCAGAAUUCGCCCAUCUACAUCUCCCGGGUCAUCCCCGGCGGCGUGGCUGACCGCCACGGAGGCCUCAAGCGUGGGGACCAGCUGCUGUCAGUGAAUGGUGUGAGCGUGGAGGGUGAGCAGCACGAGAAGGCAGUGGAGCUGCUGAAGGCCGCCCAGGGCUCUGUGAAGCUGGUGGUGCGUUACACCCCUCGGGUACUGGAGGAGAUGGAGGCUCGCUUUGAGAAGAUGCGCUCUGCCCGCCGGCGCCAGCAACAUCAGAGCUACUCGUCCUUGGAGUCUCGAGGCUGAAACCACAGAUCUGGACCCUCACCCCCUCCCCUGUACAGUAUUUAUGUCACCAGCUCCUUAUUUAAAGAUCUUUGACCCUCA